GAACUUCGAAGUAGAAGAAGAUAGGGUAGUCAGAGCGGGCAAAGAGAAGAUGGAGGGAAUCCAGUUGAGCUGUGUUUUAAGCUGUUAUUACACUACCAAAACCCAUUUCCGAUUACGCCGCCAGUCGCCGGAGCUUCCAUUUCCGAGCUUUCCUCCGCCCAAUCGUCGACACCGUGCAAGCCUCAGAACUCGAACUUCACUCCCUUCCAUGGAACUCCAGGUCCAGGACCAACAAGCAUUUCACAAAUCCAAAGACGUGCUACCUAAAAUCGACAAAAGUGGCCGCUUUUGCAGCCCUAGAGCCGCCCGGGAGCUUGCUUUAUUAAUCGUUUAUGCGUCGUGUUUGCAAGGCUCGGACCCUAUUCGGCUGUUUGAGAAACGGAUAAAUGUAGCCAGAGAACCCGGUUAUGAAUUCGACAAGGAUUCGUUAUUGCAAUACAACCACAUGAGCUACGGAGGAGCUCCGGUCACUACGCUAUCCAUUGAAGAAGCCGAUGAGCUUUUACGCAGCGAUGAGCAGGAUUCCGCCAUCGAGGCCGAAGUUCUAUCGGCUCCUCCGAAGUUGGUGUACAGCAAACUUAUUUUGAGUUUCGCAAGGAAACUUUUGGUAGCAACCGUGGACAAAUGGGACAGUCAUGUCCUUGUUAUCGAUAAAGUCGUGCCAUCAAAUUGGAAGAAUGAGCCGGCUGGUAGGAUUUUGGAGCUUAGUAUUCUUCACUUGGCAAUGUCGGAGAUAACUGUUCUUGGGACCCGACACCCAAUUGUCAUUAACGAGGCCGUCGAUCUUGCAAAGCGGUUCUGUGACGGGGCAGCACCACGAGUAAUCAACGGGUGCCUACGGACGUUUGUGAAGGAUCUUGCUGGAACCAGCCAAGCUCAGGCUUCGAAAUCUAACCAGGAAGUACCACUUAAAGUAUGAAAGUUAGUUCGUUCAAAGCCAUCUUUUGCUUCUCGUCGGUCUCCGAGUUACCACUUC